UACAGUGACAGCGGUAAGUGAGGUGCAGAUCUGUCCUCUGGACCACAGAAAGAAUAGGUCGCGUUGCUACGACCGAGAAAAGCAAGCAUGGAUUAUAGAAUCAGACAUGGAUGAUGCCUAUUUGAGAUUACGCCUCUUCUAUGCAGAUAUUUACAACAUUCCUCGCCAUUAUACCCGUUUCGUCUGCUGGAACUUGAGCGUUUUGCCGGUAGCCAGCGCUGGGGCAAGGAGGCGCUCUAUAAAAGCAAUCAGAACCCCCUUCUCCAACUAUUACACUCAGACUGACGCCGAUGAAGGGUAUGACAUGCUUACCACUGUCCCUAUUAACGAGAACAAUGGACCAGAAUGUUUUUAUCUGGAAAAAGGCAAGAGAAAACUUACACUGCAGAUAGAAUGGCUAGACUCUCAUCUCCUCCUCCAUGAUGCAUACCACCGCCUUGAUGACAUCACAAGACUCCAUAAACAUCAAAUGAAACGGGAACUCCUGGCCCUCCAAGCAGAAAACUAUGCCUUAGAGAAACAACUCCACAGUUACCAGCAGUCAAUAGCCAAGACUUCCACAAAGGGACACUUUACGAUGACAACUUGAUCAUGCAUGAUUUACAAUCAACCAAGCAAAGGCACAGGAAACAAGUCAGCAGCAAGAGAACAAAAAGCUCUGCGUUAUAUGAGUAACCGAAUAACAUACUGUAUACAAUCCCAAUAUAGUGGCAACCUACUCUCUGUGACCAUAUCUCUGAGCUGUUCAGUAAUGGUUCCGCUAAAUUAAAGUUUUUACAGAGAAGCAAACGUAUAAAGUUUAAAAUUACUUUCUAGCAAAGUCUGAAUCAUUUACAUAUAACUUGGAAUAUGGUUACUUUUUGGUCGUUUGUUCGAUUUUCACCAAGAAGCACUAACAUUUUGUCUUUUAAAUAUUGUGAAGGUUGACAGGUUCUGCGGAAUUUUGUUCACGGCUACAUUACUUACUGACGUACGGUUCUA